AUGGAUGUUUUUCGGGUUCGAUUGAACUGUAUAGACCAUUACCAGGCUACACGAACCGAGUACGAUCCUCAGUUUGGCCAAGAUGUGCGCUUUUCGCAUUCGCGGAAGCCCCCAAAACUCCCUGUCAUUCGAGUGUUCGGAUCGACCGAAACGGGCCAGAAAGUGUGCGCUCAUAUUCACGGCGCCUUUCCCUAUUUGUACGUCGAGUAUGACGGAAGUCUGGAAGUCAUUAAGGCCAACGAAUACAUUUCGAAAUUCCGUGCAUCCAUAGAUCAUGCCCUAGCUGUCAGCUACCGCAAAGAUCCUCUUCACGAUCGGCCCUUGUAUGUAGCACGGAUCACGCUGACGAAAGGUAUACCGUUUUAUGGCUUCCAUGUGGGAUAUCGCUUCUAUCUCAAAAUCUACCUAUUCAACCCGGUGGUCAUGUCACGUCUGGUUGAUCUCCUUCAACAGGGUGUUAUCAUGAGUCGGAAAUUCCAACCAUACGAGGCACAUUUACAGUAUCUCCUCCAGUUCAUGGCUGACUACAACUUGUACGGCUGUGACUACCUGGAUGCGGCAAUGGUCACCUUUCGAGCACCUGUACCGAAGCACGACGAAAACAUCAAUGAUCAUGAAACUGGAAAUCGUUGGGACGAUGCGACGAUUCCUUCGGAGUUCAUUACAGACGACUACAGCCUUCCUCGGGCUAGUCACGGUUCCCUUGAAGUAGACAUCUGUGCCGAGGAUAUCCUGAACCGGAAGAAAGUCAAAGAGCGAAGGCUGCAUCAUAAUUUCAUCGAAAGGGAGCAGCCGGUUUCAAGUCAAGAGAAGCUGGUGCACAGCAUGGCUGGGCUUUGGACGGACGAGACGAACCGCAGGAAGAGGCGUAUGGGAAUAACAGAUCCUGAAAUCAAUCCUUUUCCUCCGGACGUUCUAGUAUCAAUGUCUGCGGACCCACGUCAAUCACAGGUGAUGGGGUGGGUCCAUGAAGCUGAAUACCGUGCUGGUAUUCAGCAACAGGUUGUUCAGGAGCAGAUCACUGUUGCAGAUGGAUGUGAGAGAACUUUCUCCAACUUUGUGCGCCCAGUUCCCUUUGAGGAGACCGUUAAGACGACUCUGGAAUCAGUCGAAGACUUAUACCAAGACAACCUGAGCCAAGCACUGCAAAUUGAAGCCGAAUUGUUUCACAUGAAUGCAGAGCCACUCAGCAGCGUUGACGUCGACGAGCGAGUUAUCUUACAGCUAGCAGGCGAGCGGAUUGCAACCCGUACUCCUCUCGAGCAUGCGGACAAAAUCUCACCGGGGGAACCCAUCAAUGGUGUUGGAGAAGGAUUUGGUGUCGGGGACUUGAUGACAUAUAAAAUGGGUGAGCGGCGCCGUGUACACCAGCCCCGAACUUCCAUCCGUCAUAAACUCUUCAAGAUUGCCAAGGCUUACUCUUCAAAACCACCAGCCAAUGUCGGUAAACAAGUCGGGGCUCUUGGUCCUGGCGAGCGACAACGAAGAUCUCUUAAGCAUCCCAGGCCGCCGGGAGAAGUUGAUCACGAUGCACCUGCAAAACGUCAGAUGCUCCAAGCUGAUGCCCCCAUGGAGGCAAUUCGCGGGAAGGCCGAGGCUCCGCAAAGCGAUGCGGAAAUGGCUCCGAGAAAGGCCGAGUCAAAAGCUCGAGAGGCAGCUCAGUCAGGACCUCAGAGAAGACCUCAGGGUCACCCUCCGGAAGGAGCUCAUGUAGAGUCAAACAAGAGGGUUCAAGAGAAUGCUCAAGCAGACGCCCAUGGGAAGGCCCAGCACGAGCCUCGGGAAGACGUGCUGGAACACUUCGAGACACAGGGCCGACGCAAGACACAGGAGGAAAAGAUCCGAGACCAGACUCAACAAGAAGUACAGGCGGAAAUUCCAGAAGACUUAAAAUCUAUGAAGCCUGUUCAGACAGUUCAGCCGUUAAAACUCAGUACUUAUGAUAAAGCGAGAGAGGAAUUCUUGGCGAAUGGUUCGAAGGUCGAGCCACAAAAGCCUAAGGCAUCUCAGCCCACGAAGUCUGCUCUGAAGCAGAGCUCUGCGUCCCAGGGUCGUUCAUUCAAUUUUCCCGUUGUGAAAGAUCCACAGGAUCCCAGCACAAGGGCGCGACUGAGCCAAAAGAGUGGUUCGCAGAAAUAUGAAGAGAAAGUUACCAAAAAGCAGCUUGCCUUCGACCCUCAACCCACCAUUAUGGGGUCAUCGGCUCAGGCGAAGCCCAGUCAGACUGAUCCCAACCUGAAAUCAGUAUCCAAUCCACUUGUACCGGCCCCUGCGGCUGCACCUCCGGUACUCUUGUUGAAUGGCUCAAACAAAAUGUUUGUCCUGGAGAGUAAACCUCCGUCCCUGACCGAGGUCCGUCAUACCAUGCAGGUACAUGGCCUACCUGAUGUCAUCUAUCAGGGUGCAUAUUACAGCAAAGACGAGGAUGUUCCUCCAAAGCCGAGAGAGUAUGCAGGCAGGGAAUACCGACUUGACGGCAGCUCUGUCCCUUGGCUCCCCGAUUUCGACCCGACUGGAACAUCGCCGGCGACAUUUGGCGGGAAACCAGCCUCCGGUGCCGACUGGCCGAUGCUGGAGGCUGUAUACGAGGCACAACAAGAGGAAUGCGCCAUGCGGAGCUGGGAAAUAGCAGAGCCUCCUCCCUCUUUCAAAGAAGUCAGUAAAUGGUGGGCAGAUAAGGAAAAGGCUCGCAGUACAUCCCGACCUCGUUUCAAGUCUUUAAGGAUCAGAACCGCCCGCUCGCAAGUAGCAGGCGCGACGCCGAAGAACAAGCAUGGCUUCAGAUAUUCCGAAAAGAAAAAAUCCCCGAGUGUACAGCAUCAGGCACAGUAUAUGAGCACUAUGAGCCUAGAGGUUCAUGUCAACACCAGGGGCAAGCUAGUACCGGAUCCUGAAGAAGACGAAGUGCAGUGUGUUUUCUGGUGUCUGCGGUCCGACGAGAACGUUCUCCGUGAAACUCAGGCGCCGGACAACACAGUACGAGGCAUUGUUGUCUUUUCGGAGGAUGGACUGUUAGCAGACAAAAUCCAAAAGUACACAUCAGUGCCAGUGGUGCAAGAAACAACGGAACUCGAUGUGAUGCUCCGGAUGGUCGAGAUUGUACGGAAUCAUGAUCCGGACAUCUUCACCGGCUAUGAGGUGCACGGUACCUCCUGGGGCUAUCUUAUUGAGCGGGCGAGGAUAAAGUACGACUUCGAUCUCUGCGAUGAAUUCUCACGCAUGAAGUCUCAGUCAAAUGGGCGUAUCGGCAAGGAUGCAGAUCGAUGGGGCUUCAACACGACAUCUUCGAUUCGGAUAACCGGACGGCACAUGAUCAACAUCUGGAGAGCCAUGCGAGGCGAGCUCAACCUUCUGCAGUACACCAUGGAGAAUGUUGUGUGGCAUCUGUUGCACCGUCGAAUUCCACAUUACAACUGGAAAACAUUGUCAGAUUGGUAUCUCAGCGGGCUGCCAAAGGAUCUGAACAAAGUCCUCCGGUACUACCUGACGAGAACCCGACUCGAUAUCGAAAUCCUGGAAAAGAAUGAGCUCAUUGCCAGAACAAGUGAGCAAGCAAGGCUGCUCGGAGUUGAUUUCUUUUCUGUCUUCUCGCGAGGAUCGCAGUUCAAAGUUGAGUCCAUCAUGUUCAGGAUAGCCAAGCCCGAAAACUUCCUGCUCAUCUCUCCAAGUAGGAAGCAAGUGGGUGCGCAAAAUGCUCUGGAAUGUCUUCCUUUGGUGAUGGAACCACAGAGCGCCUUUUACAGCAGCCCGUUGCUCGUUCUCGAUUUUCAGAGUCUGUAUCCCAGUGUCAUGAUUGCCUACAACUACUGCUAUUCGACCUUCCUUGGGCGUAUUGUCAGCUGGCGAGGCACCAACAAAAUGGGCUUCAUGGAUUACAAGAGGCAAGAGGGACUUCUCAGUCUACUCAAAGAUUACAUCAACAUCUCCCCAAACGGUAUGAUGUACACUAAGCCUCAUAUUCGCAAGUCCUUGCUUGCGAAGAUGCUUACCGAGAUUCUCGAAACCCGCAUCAUGGUCAAGUCCGGGAUGAAGCAAGACAAGGAUGAUAAGGCGCUUCAGCAACUCCUGAAAAACCGACAGCUGGCGCUGAAGCUUCUUGCCAACGUCACGUACGGCUACACUUCGGCCUCGUUCUCGGGUCGUAUGCCCUGCUCUGAAAUUGCCGACAGCAUCGUCCAAACCGGCCGCGAAACCCUUGAACGCGCCAUAGCCUUUAUCCACAGCGUCCAGAAGUGGGACGCCGAGGUUGUCUACGGUGACACCGACAGUCUCUUCGUCUAUCUCAAGGGCCGCACGCGCGACCAGGCCUUUGACAUCGGGCAAGAGAUCGCCGACGCCGUCACCAAGAUGAACCCGCGCCCCGUCAAGCUCAAGUUCGAAAAGGUCUACCACCCGUGCGUGCUCAUAGCCAAGAAGCGCUACGUCGGCUACAAGUACGAGUCGCGGGAUCAGACGGUGCCCGACUUCGACGCCAAGGGUAUCGAGACGGUCCGCCGCGACGGCACCCCCGCCGAGCAGCGGAUCGAGGAGAAGGCGCUCAAGAUUCUCUUCGAGACCGCCGACCUCAGUCAGGUCAAAGCCUACUUUCAGGAGCAGUGCCACAAGAUUAUGCGCGGCGCCGUCUCCGUGCAGGAUUUUUGCUUUGCGCGCGAGGUCAAGCUGGGCACGUACAGCACCAGCGGCCGCGGGGGGCCGGCCCCGGCAGGAGCGCUGAUCGCCACCAAGAAGAUGCGGGAGGACGCGCGCGCGGAGCCGCAGUACGGCGAAAGAGUGCCGUACGUGGUGAUGGCCGGCGCACCCGGGAUGCGACUGGUGGAUCGCUGCGUGGAACCGGAGGAGCUGCUGAAUAACUCGCAUGCUACGCUGGAUGCGGAUUACUACAUCAACAAGAACAUCAUUCCGCCGCUGGAAAGGAUCUUCAACUUGGUCGGCGCCAACGUGAGGACUUGGUAUGAGGAGAUGCCCAAGGUUCAGGUUUUGAGGAAGGUGGUGGAAGAUGAUGACGCUGCCGCUGCCGCCGCUCCCAAAGGACCAUUGAUGGGAUUGCUAGGGGCGUCACCAAGCAAAAGGGGUGCCGGCAGCGCAGCAGCAGCGGCGGCAGCAGCGGCAGCAGCAGCACUAGAGGCCGAGGAAGUCUUGGGAGAAGACGGCGAACCCCUCCCCCCCGACGGCGCAUUCGCCCAAGCCCAAGCGCGCAAAACCCUCGAAGCCUUCCUUGCCACCACCAUCUGUACCGCCUGCGGCGUCAAGAUCAAGCGGCCGCUCGGUAUCGGGCUCGCCCGCGAGCUGGGCAUCAUGCUUGACAACGAAGAAGAUGCCGAACCGGACCGAGGCCUGCCGCUCUGUCGACGGUGUGCUUCGGAUCCGCCCACUUUGUUGGUUGACAUGCAGACCAAGGUCAGCAGAGCUGAGAAAAGCUACGUGGAGAUCAUGAAGGUGUGCCAGAGCUGUAGCGGCUUCGCGCCAACGGAGGAGGUCCCCUGCGAUAGCAAGGAUUGUCCGGUGUUUUACUCAAGGGUGAAGCAGAGGACGAAGAUGAACGCGGAGAAGAGGGUGAUGGAGCCUUUGAUUAAGUUGUUUGGGGAUUUGGAGCUGGGUAAGGGUGGUGGUAGUGAAGGCGAGGAUGAGGAUGAGGAUGAGGAUGAGGAUGAGGAUGGUGAGGAGGAGGCGGUUUGGGAGCAGGAAGAGGCGGGUGAGGUGAUUGCUGAGGGUGAGAUGGAAGUGCAGGAAGAUGCUGGAACGAGAUAUGAAGAGGAGGAAGCAGAGGGCGAAGUCAUUGUUGAGGGUAAGCGUAGGGCUGUGAGUGAGGAGCAGUCCGAGAGGCGAGAGAUUCUGGACAACAGGUUUAGGGGCCUGAAGGCGGCAUCUCUGGACUGGUAG